CGCCACUGUUUGCAGACGCGCUCCCAUCGGCUGAAGGUUAAAGAUUGUCGAUGGAGCUAGGCGGGCUAGCGUUAGCACCAUUAUGUGCCGUUGCCCCUGACUUGGAAGAGAGGCCAAACUACGUUCAAAUUAGGCAGUUUUAUGAGUCCUAGCUUUCGAGCAGAGGUUUAUGUCGAGACAGGAGCCCCAGACGAGAUCUUAUCACUGCGGCCAUGUCUGCUAUUCGAAGGGGGGCUUUUCGUGUGACUCCAAACAGCUGAUUAGUACUUAAAUAGGAUUUUUAACUUCUAUAAUUGCUCUGCCUUAGAUUCCAUCAGCGGCAUUCCAUCCCCAAUGCGCUAUGAUGGGAGACAAUGAGGAGUUAUAAAACUGAGCUAUCAUUGAAAAACAUUCGGUAUAGUGGGUCAUCCAUCUGCCGAAUUUAACCAUGUACCUGUACUAAUCCGUAUAAGCUCUAAAGUAUUGUCAAAACGGGUAUGCGCGGGUAUCCCUUCGUCGUUACGGAACCUUAAACAGCCAGAUGUUUUUAACGGGAUUCGGAGUGGCUUCUCCCCUUAUCGUGAAUUGCGCGCGCAGGGGCUAGGCUAGGAAGCUAUACGGCAGGAAUACAACGGAACCAGGGAGGCUAGUAUCAUGCCGAGCCUGUCAAUCAUUUCGCGACGACGUGACGACAACAGUCAUGUCAGUGUGUCGCUCUCAGUUUGCGCCCGGGACUCUUCUGUGCGCCAAAUGAACGUUUAGGUGGCUUUGAUGUCUGCAUGUUGUCACUUUGUCACACCUGCUGUUUUCAUAAAGGUAGGUGCUUGACCUCUCUUCUCGUUCCUCCUACACCCCCAGCCCCACCCCCCACAUGCCUACUGCUGGCCUACUGCUGCCAGUUUGUUGAAAUCAGUAAAUAAUGUGCUUGAGAUGUACGUUUUGAUAUUGAACGUUUAACUCGAAAAGGGUUUUUACAGCGUUCUAAUAUUUAAUGGCCUACAACACCGGAUUGAUUAAAGACUGCUCAGCUCUUUACUCGCACCUCACAUUAUGCCACAGUGUUUGCAACUGCUUAAUGGUUUUACUUCUUGGAAGAUGUGGGGACAUAAAUUAGGUCUGUCGCUGUGGGACCUCUAAAGGCCAUAUUGCUGCAACCAGGAAGCCAUGAUUUGACCUGUGACCUCUGAUUAAUAUGGGUUGUGUGUGUCCUUAAAGUACUGUUAUCAUUGCCCGCGAGUGAUCUGCUCCUUGUUGCCAAGACUUUUCAUAUCUCAGCGAGUUUACAUCCAAAGCUGUUGGUAAAUGUCAACAAAGACGCAUUUUUUUUCCAGCGCUUCUCCAGCGUGGAGAAAGCGCUAGCUACCUGCAUUUUCACAGGAAAAGGGUGAGAUCUUAUUGCGGUGUGAGUAGGCACGUGUUUGUAAUUACGUUUCACAGAUUAUCUUUCUCACUUAAUCCAAUUCCCGCCUGUCUUCAAUUUUAUUUCUAGGUCAAGUGAAUCAAGAAAAUUAGUUGUGUUUAUCAGACUUCGGUAGCAACCAAAGCCCUUGAAAUUCAUCUGAUGUCGGCUACAGGGAUCCCCUCGGAUGCCUGAUGUCACUUGUGAUGUCAGAGCAGAGGUGUUUCAGGCGGGAGGAAGGAGGCCGGCGGACACAGCCAGCCAUCAACGUGUGAAAGCCACUGAAAUCUGCCAGUAUGCCUCUCUCAGAGUGAGGGCAGUGAAUGUGAUCCAAAUACUGCCGUCUUAGUCCCGCCUGAGAUACCGUUAUGUCCUCGCUGGAUGCUAGUCGGUUGAUGCCCAUGUGUCGAACUGCCCGUGUGAGACGUAAGCCCUUGAGAUAACCCUGACCAUUUAUUUCCACACAUUCCCUUUUCCACAUUCACCAUGAAAAUGCUUUACUUCUAUGGCAUGGCAGAGCCCUUUUUGAUAAUCUGCAUUACAGUCAACUGUCAGUGUCAGCACAGUUCUGCUGUUGCCACGUCCUGUCAGCUGCCUUUAGACAUCAGAUGAGCAUAACCGGCCUUAAUGAAGCUUAAGGCUUUGGAUUGCUAACAUGUAUCUAUGUUGGAUUGUUUAUUACUCUUUCCUUCGACAAUGCUUCGACAAAAGAGGCAUACGGCAUACAUACAUUCGAUUAGCAGGAAGCCGUAGCGCGCUAACCCUUUGAUCACUGUGUUUCUGGCUGAUAAACCAUUCCACUGUCAUCUCUAGCAAGCCCCAGACCUUGACAAACACUAAUUACCAUGAAGCCAGUUUUGCGUGCUCAGAAAACAGCAUGGGUUUGGAACAGUUCAGUGCAGAUGAAGCCGAGUGUGCUGCAGAGCAGUGCCUUGGUGGAUUACCAUGACUAUUAACCCCUCCGUUAUCUUUUGUCUUCAUUUCCCUGAAUGAAAUGGUCUCUGUCUUUUUCAACUUUUGGCAAGUGCUGCAGCAUUUUAAAGCAAACGCCCCAAAUCCCACUCCACAUGCAUUGACUUGAAGGAAAUCCCAUGACGUCAAAUUGCUAAGUAUUCAGCCCAACUGAGCUAAGCCCGCCAUACAAUGGGGAAAUGAGUCCAUUGAUAUAAAAAAACCUUGCUUCGUCAGUGGUUGCAAGAGGCAAGGCACACAGUUUUGCCUUGUACGUUAUUGAGCAACUAUAUCGUUCUAUUGUGUGAGCCAGUUGUUAUUGACAUUUUUUAUUUGGAUUGAAGCACUAACGCUGCAUUUGACAAACAUUCGGCUGGAGUACUUUUUGACAGUCUUAAUUCAGACUGGGAUGUGUUGGAGUAUGGUGUAAUAAACUCCCCCCUGUUCUCUCCUCUAUGAGGGCUCCAAUGCCCGAUGAAGCACAUGGGGGUCACUGUGGUGAUGAGCUGUGUUGGAUGCUGGUGAUGAUCACUUGUCAGUCAUAUUGAAGAGUUUUUCAGCUCACGUUUGAAACCACUGCAUAUUUGGUCAUAGUUGCCCUAACCUCUUUUCCUGAAAUUACUGCAGAUGAUAUGCCCCCCAACUCACUUUCAGCUCCUCCGCUGGAUACGGUGAUGUCACCCAGAUAAGCAAUCCCCGGUGUGGUGCUGUCUGCUGAAUGGGAUAGGCUGUCAUCCCUGAGAAGUCCCAUGUGCGUGCACAGUCCAAAGAAAUGCAGGCUAGAGACGAGCCAAGUGCACACCCACUCAGUGAUGGCCUUAGCUGCGCAGCUGUGCCGGUAAUCCUGCCGCUGCACAAAGAGACGCCUUGACAACCGACCUACCUUCCUCUCUCUCUCACAAAAAAAGGCAUAGAGAGGAAAAAAAGAAAAUACGGAGGCAUAAACAAAUGCGACCAUGUACAGUGUGGAGGACCUCCUCAUCUCUCAUGGAUACAAGCUGCCCAUGCAUACCACCUCCUCCUCCAUCCCUACCCCGGCCCCCGCCUCCUUGUCCCGCCAGCAGCCUUCGUCCUCACCGCCGUCCUACAGCCGACACCAUGAAUUCCUGGAGAACAGGCCCAGGAUGUCUUAUGGGAACGGGAGCGAAUCCAGGCAGCCACAAGGGUACGCCAGCGGCUGUCCCAACAACAACAACGGACCCAGGGACAGGGGCCAGUCCAGGCGGGAGGGCGAGAACCGGUGCCAAAUGGACACCCACUCCUUGGGAGAGUCGCUGACCUCAGACAGCGGGUUCUGUGAUGGCACCAGAGGUCCUCAGUCGCAAGCCAAGGAUGUGUCCUACUGGAGGAGGAGAGGCCAGGACUUCACUGUGCUGCUGGGCUACGCUGACCAUAAGACCUAUGGAGGAGGCAAGGAGGGUUACGGCAGGCCGGAGGGUGCUCAACAAGCAAGAGGCCAAGAGUUGUCUACAGAGGAGCGUCAGAGAGCAGCUCAGGAGAGGCAACGCUGGGCAGCCCAGGCCCAGGUGCAGGCUCAGACCCAUGUCCAGGCUCAGGUCCGCUCUAGAGAGAGGGAAGCGGUUCUACAUCACUGGAGAAUGGCUAAUGAGAGGAAGUGCCAGAGCUUGGGGACAGAUGAGUGGCAUCCCGCCAUGAACUUUGGCCGCCAGCUGUCACAGUAUGACGGUGGGCGUUGGGCACAGGAGCAACUCCAAGCCAGGACACCAGAGGGUAUGGUAGUCCAUCCCAGGGCCAAAGCCAAAUCUCAGUCCCUCCCCAGGAUGUUGCAGCCUGAAAGCCUGCAGUAUGUGGACAUAGACUCAUCCCAUCUGGAACUGUUCAGGCGGGUCAACGGUCACCCACCAUCGCACCACGACCUUUAUAGGCCACCCCGCUGGCUGGAGAAUGGCAGGCCGGCUAGUGCCAACCAACUCUCAAUGACACCAAAGCCUCGCUUCACACGACCCCCCAGACCUCCCUCUUAUGAGAUGCACCAGCAGAUCAGGGGAAGCUGUGAGAUGUUGUCCGGUAGAGAAUCAGUUAUUCUCCAGGCCAGGGACAGAACCCCACUCCCAAUAUCGAGGACAGUUGACCCUCAACUGGACUAUUUUGCACAGGACUCUGGACCCCCAGGAUACAUUGCUCCUCCAUCAUAUAAAAGAGUUCCUAUUAUGGGAGACGGGCGAUGUGGAUAUGACGAAAUUGCUGUUGACUACAGAUACAGAGGUGAUUUGUACCAGCAGAUACAUGUGGCUCCAGAUGGAUCUCACUGGUUCAGACAUCCAGCUGGUUCCUGGCCCGAUCCCCAGAGAGAAAGGAGCAUGAAGCAGCUUUACCCGGUGUACACUACCCAGGAGCGCCCAGGUGGAGGGAUUCAAUACAUCCCCUUUGAUGACCCCCGUAUCCGCCAUAUUUCCUCAGCCUUGGCAGGCAACUCUCUGACGGACGCUGACAAGAUCCGGCACAUCCGUAAUGAGCUUCCCAGUGUCACAGUGUCGAAGCCUGCAUCCAGUGACAGUGCCUUUUUGCCCCCACCAUUGGGGCCUUUCAUCGCUGCCAAAUUGGCCGAUGAUACUAACCAGACGUCUUCUAGCGACUUCGACAAUGACAAUACCAGGUGGCACAGUGAUUUGCACAAGGCUGUCGAUAACUUCCCAGCAACUGACCAAAAUUGCAACAGAUAUCCCAAAAAACAACGUCCCUCUUCAUCUCCCUCUUCGGCCUUCCAAGCCCCAUUAUCAAUAAGUUGUUCUCGUCAGGGGUCCAACUCAGAUAAAGUCUUUGCAGAAACCAUCACCCAAGUGAAGAAAAUUGUCCCAGAUUCAGGGCCAGAGAACACUAAAAGAAGAGUGAGUGAGACCAUAUUCUGCCUUGUAUCUGUCCCUGUUCACACACCAAUCAACAUCAGCAAAGACGUAGCAGCAGAUCAGAACAACAAUGAGACAAUACCAAGUCUGACCGUCACCAACACAGACACUUUUGCUGUAGGCCUCAAAGAGAGCCACAACGUGCGGAGCAAGUCGGUGAAUGAGAUGCCCAUAAAACCCCAUUACUCAAAUUUGUACACCAGCAACACAUCCUCAAUGAGGAACUACAAGAGGGCUCCUCUAAGGAAGGAGAUAAUCGAUGCCUGGGCACUUCAAGCAAGGCAAGAUAAAGAGUUGCGCUAUGCCGGGUCUUGGCCUGGAAACCAGUACCGUAACCAGGAAACCCAGACGGGCUCACCUUCAACAGAGGUGAAAAGUCCAGAAUCCCAGAGUCCUCCUUGGGGACAAGAGCCUGUUCAAUCUCUCUCAGAAGCAAACAUAGAUAGUGUUGUUGGGCCAGCAAAAAGCUCUUCCUAUGGUUACCCCAUGGCAGGCCAGAAAAACCUUCAUCCCUCCAGCAACAGCGCAUUCUCCCGUCUCAGCCUCGAAACCAGCCAACAAGACUACUGGGAAGAAAAUGCCUGGAAUCAAGCAGAGCAACCAUCGUGUCCCAGGAAGAGUAACUCCAAUCCUGCUGAAACUGCUGAGCAAGUGACCUUUGGUCAAUUUCUUUUAAAGCCAGUGAACCGCCGACCCUGUGAUGCUAUUGGUGAACUAGAGACCAUCAAUAAGGAGAUGGAAGACACAAUCAGCAAAAGACCCAAUGUGGGUCAGUGCAUAGACGAUUUACAUGUGGCAAAGAAGAGAUCAGACCGGUUUCAGUCAGCAGCUCAUUUCACUGCUAGUCUAAAACCAUGCAGGGAAGCAAUCAGUCGUCCACCAAUGCACAUAGAAAACCCUAACACUUUAAAAGUCAGAUCCACGUCCUUAGCUUCUACCUCUGAUUUAGGCUCAAUGGACAUUAAGAGUGCUUUCUCCAAACCACAGGCCAACAACAUACCUUCAACAAAUGACUUAUUCGUUAUUUCCAACUCAGUCUGUGGUCUCCUGCCUUCACUAACUCUACAGAAUGAGCCAAAUAGGCUCUAUAGGCAGGACAUUCCAGUCCCUCAGGAGUCUCUUCUGAAGGAUGUGGGGUUAACUGUCUACACAGAGACUCCUGGUGGCCCUGGAGAACCAAUGCAGCGGUCUCUCUCAGUCCCAUCUCCACUUGAUCAUAAGGAGUGUAGUGAGUCAGUGCAGCAAUCAUGGGAGAGCAGGACAACACUUGUUAAAAAUAGUGGUAGCCCCGAGCAUAAUUCAAAUAAAGAAUUUCAAGCUGAGGCAGAAACUGAGAGAAUGCUUAAAUCAAACAAUUUUCCACCAUUCAGGGGUGAGGUGAAUUUAACCAUUUGUAGAACUAGGAGUGAAAGCAGCAGAUCACCUCAGAAAGAGGGAUCAUCACAUAUCACCAGGCUGACCAGGGAGGUUUCUUUUGUGUUACAGGGGGAUGAUGGCAAUGGGAGAUAUGCCAUCUCUGAGCCUCUAAUUUACAAGAAAGACUCUACCAUGGCAGAUAAGCACCUGGCGAACUUACUGAUUCGGGAGAAAGCCAGUUCUUUACCGACAGAGGACCUCAGCAACCUGUAUGAGGUCAAAUAUGCAAAAGGUAUCCCUGAAAAUGAGUCAAUCGAGCAGAGGGCUGCCAGAAUCCUGGGUAUAGCUGUUCCAGUGGAUUCAUUGGGUGUGGCUGAAAACCAAGAUGAUAUGGAUACCUAUGUAGUUGAGAAACUACACAGCAAAGGCGAAGAGACACAGCCGGUGAUAGAAGAGUGUGAGCAAGUCGAAGCUGAAUCCUCAAUUGUUUUCGGAGCACAGACAGAGAAGGGGACAGAAUCAGUAGACCACGUGAAAGGAGAUAGACAAAAGCACAACACCAACCACAGCAAUGGUGAAGGCACUGAGAUUCAGUCUCUUGGGGUGGUCGCCGACCUGCCCGAGGUUCCACCUCAUACGCUUCCCCUAUCCCUGCCCAUCGCACCUGAUGACAAGUUAGCACUAAGUCUGUGCAGUGUGCAGAGGAGGGGGCGAGGUGGAGCAUGCAAACUAAUCGAAUCCUUGCAAGAUAUGCUAACCUCUUCUGCUGUUUCAUUGGCUACAUCUCUGGGCAAGUCAAUCCCAGACAGAAUAGCCCGUCUGAAAGAGCUGGAUUCAGUGUCUCGAAUAAGACGCCUCAGCCUCAAAGGUUCAGACUUCAGAGGAGAAGUUGAUUCCGAGGAGAGGGAUGGUGACAGACAGGAGGGUGAACCUCAGGAAGUCACAAGGGAGGAAGUUCUCGAGCAACGGUUUGAGGAAAAUGAUAAAAAAACAGAAGAACGAAGGAAGGGGGAGGAGAACCCAGUUGAGCAUGAGACUGCACAUGAAACACAUGACAAGUUGGGAGAUCCUAAAGAUGAUUGUAAAUCUAAAGGAGAGGCGAAUGAAGCAAUAUGUGAGGAAGAGCAAAGAGGAGAAGAGAGGGCGGAAGAGAUUAAAGUUGAGAUUGCACUAAAAGCUGGAAAUGAAGAGAGUAAUAAAGUAGACGUUGAAUUAAAAACAGCAGAGUCAAACAGUGAAGUUGAGCCUAAAACUGUAGAGCACGACAAAGUAAGGUCUUUGGAGACAGUGAGAGAUGGACAGAAUACAUCAGAGGUCAGUAAGGCAACCGAAGAUGCUGUGGCACAGAAAUUGCCCAAACCAAAGCAGCGCACCAAGCUGCAGAAACCUGCUCUUUUUCCUAAACCUCGCAGUGUUCCCAAGAGAGAAAUAACACUGCCUCUCAGCUACAGCACCGGGACCUGUGGGCCCUCGAACAAGGGGGAUGAGGAGAUCCUCUCUGUAUCAGAAUCCUACGACCCCAGUCAAGUUGAAAGAGUGUAACCUCUUACACUGCCUUUGGCGCUGUGGAAAUCUGUCUUUAUCAAGUUAACAGCUUUUUCUAACAACAAAGGCUUUCAUCUCACCUUGUGGCUUAGUCAGCCGUCAUCACUUCAAUAUUGUUACGCAUCACUUUUCAAAUAACAGACUGUCCUGGUGUUGCGAGAGCAUUUCUACAGCAAAAUAAUAGCACCGCCGGUGCCAAUUGUCCUGGGCUUUUCAACCUUUCAACUUUCCACCAAGUUGACUUCCUGCAUUUGAAAUUGCGUCACCUUCGCUUCGCUUUUGGAAAAAUGCAUGUCAUUAUUCCCAUUUGCACUUGGUCUCCUUCUCGAGCCCGGGUAAUGAAAAUGAAUGUAAAAGUGCUUCUGCUCAGAAAAUGUAAGAGGAUAAAUCAAAACAAGAAGAGAACAGUAUUGCAUUACAAUCAGUAUUAAUCUACACCAAAUGUAAAUAAGACAGAGUUAUUAGAUUUUAAUAAGAAUAUAAUAAUCAAUUUAAGUAAUUUAAUUGCUGAAAAAAUUGUAUAUUUUCUUAUCCAUGUCAAGAAAAGACUAGGUUUAUUUUUAAGUGUAGUCUUUGGGUGUAUUAUUACUAAUUAAAGCCCCUAUUCAUUAUUAUAAUAUUUCUGUUAUAGAGAAUGUACUCAAAGAGCAUUGCAAUGAGAAACACUGUGGUCCUUGAAUGGUUUUAUAUAAGAGCAAUAUAGUGGUCGUACACGGGACAUUUGUGACAUGAUUUGUGUAACAAGUAGCUGAUCUCAUUUAAAUUAGAUUAGAUUAGAUUAGAUUACACUCAUCCCGUUCUUCGCACUGCCAGUCUCCGCAUCAGUAGUGGAAAUUGUGCAUUUAAGUGUCAAUCGUUCGUCCUUAACACUGUUGAAGAACAAAAAAAUAUAUUUUGUGGCCUCAGCAGAAGUCUAUACUUAGCCGUGGAGUUUUGAUUUGUUCACAAUGAUUUCAGAUGUGAUUUUUUGUGUGUGCAGGAAACAAUAGAUGUAGCUAUAUUGAUUGCAGUGUGCCUUGUACACACUGUUUCAGUGGAGAACUUUAUCUGUGUGUCAUACGUCGUUUAAACUAGACUGCGGGGAUUUGUGUUACCUUGAAGAAAACAUUUAAAGUUGUUUUGGCAAUAAUAACAAUGGUAUUAUUAGCGUCUAGCCGAAGAAGCAAAAUAUGAAUGCUUUACAGAACAUUUCUGUUGGAAUACUAGUGAGAGUAUCAGUUCCAAUACUUUAUCAGUGCUUUUGUGUGUUGUGGGCAUAACGGGCCAUUUGUUUUACACUCGCCUCACUUACGGGGUAGCAAUACAAGAAAUCUAAAAACAUACCAAACCAAACAUUACGCUAUGCAUUGGACAUCUACAUUUACUGGGUGUAAUACCAAAACUCAAAGGUAAAACUGUAACUUCUGGAUCUGCUUGUUUGACCCUGUCACGCUGAUCCAGUAUUUGUUGUUGGAUCUGGUUGUAGACGUGCGUAGCAGUAGCUCUACUGGAGUUUAAUCUGUGUGCAAGGUUUUUGUCUUUGUCCUGUUGCCAAGCCAGUACCCUGUGUACUCUGUGUUCCAGGUAAUGUGUUACGACCGUUCUCGUACUUUUUUUUGUACUGCAAGUUCUUUGUACCAUGAUAUAGACUAUUGGUGCAUAUCUUGCUUUGAUAUCUUCUAUUUUCAUACUGAAGUAUGUACAGCUUCUUUUGUAUGCGCGUUGCAUCUUUUUUUCUUUUUCUUAUGUGCAUGCAAAGAAUUCAAAUGCAUUAGAAAUCAGAGAGAAGGUGUUAUUAGCAUAUAAUUGCAUUUGGUACUAUGUAGACUCUAAUAAACAACUGUUAUAUUUCAUAUAAUGUAUAUUUUAUUUUCAAAAGGUUAUGCUACAUAUUUAAAACAGAACAUGGUAUUUUUAGAUUAUUGUAAAAAGGGAAAUGUUUUUGGAGGCACAAUAUUUGUCUAUAUUUUAACUGAUCAUUGGCAGUGACAAUGAUCAGAAAUAGGGACAUGUUUGUGCUAUUGUACAGUACUGCAGACUAUUCAUAAAUAAAAGUCUGCAUGAUGCA